AUUUGGGCGUAGCGCGCGGCCAGUCAGCGUCAGAGGCGCAGCUCUCCGCCUGCGCGAUCACCUGUUUAGUACCACUACUGGGACCGUAAGGCAGUAUCAGUUGCAGCCUUCCACUGAAUGCCCGAGAUCUUCACGUUCCUUCGUUAUUCCUGAGAUCCCUUCCAAGUCUUAGCGGGAGUCUGUUUCCCCUUUUCAUCUUCACGAAGCCAAUAGACACUGCUCAACAACCAGCCGACCUCAGCCUUACGUCUCGAUACCGUCAAUCGGUUCCCCGCAUCGGGCGUUGAUCAGGGACCUGGAGGCCAUCAGGAGGUUCAGUGGCUAACAUCUAGCCGAGUCAAUACCUGCAGGCGAUCAAAUUACUACACCGACCACAAGUCUCGUAUUCUCUUAAACGAAAGAUCAUACUACCUACCACCGUCAAUCCAGACAUUACGCCGUCAGUUAGGUUAGCUUGAGGAAGAACAAUCAUGUUCCGCGCACAGCAGAACGCCUUCGAUGACGCAGUCGCCAAGGCGACCGACGAGAAUUUGACAUCGGAGAACUGGGAAUAUAUUCUUGAUGUGUGCGACAAAGUUGCGGCGGAGGAGUCAGGCGCGAAAGAUGCUGUUGCCGCUCUGAUCAAGAGGCUUGCGCAUAGAAACGCCAAUGUGCAACUGUAUACUUUGGAGUUGGGCAAUGCUUUGGCACAGAACUGCGGCCCGAAGAUACACCGCGAACUGGCUUCGCGAAGCUUCACGGAUUCCCUACUCCGCCUUGCUAGUGACAGAAACACCCACCAGCAGGUCAAGGCAAAGAUUCUAGAGCGUAUGCAAGAGUGGACAGAGAUGUUUUCUAGUAACCCAGACUUCGGCAUCAUGGAGCAAGCAUACAUGAAGCUAAAGACACAAAACCCGAACCUGCAGCCCCCUUCAAAGCCUGUGAAGACAGAGAUAACCGAAGCAGAUCGUCAGAAAGAAGAGGAGGAGUUGCAGAUGGCGCUGGCCCUCUCCAUCAGAGAAAAGAAUCCCGUGGCCUCUGAGCCACAGCCGGAGUCGAGUACUUCUAACGCUGCCCCUACCAGCCAGGCACAAGCCCCAACAUAUCAGGCGGUUCCUUCUGGUACUUCCGCUGCCACUGUCUCGCGAGUUAGGGCUCUCUAUGACUUCCAGCCUUCAGAAUCCGGCGAACUACAAUUCCGCAGAGGCGAUGUCAUUGCAGUACUUGAGUCCGUGUAUAAGGAUUGGUGGAAGGGCUCUCUAAGAGGGCAAACAGGCAUUUUCCCCCUCAAUUAUGUUGAAAAGCUUCCAGACCCUACAGUUGAAGAGUUACAGCGGGAAGCUCAGAUGGAAGGCGAGGUGUUCGGCCAGAUCAAGAACGUUGAGAAGUUGUUGACACUCCUCAGCACACGUAGUACCGAACCAAACGUUCAGGAUAAUGAAGAAAUCACAGCUCUGUAUCACUCUACUUUGGCAAUUCGACCUAAGUUGAUUGAGCUCAUUGGCAAAUAUUCUCAGAAAAAAGGUAUAGUUGCUUGAGGCCGUUUCAGUUCGUUUAGCUGAUGCGUAUCUAGACGAGUUCACCCAACUCAAUGAGAAGUUCAUAAAAGCGAGACGGGACUAUGAAUCUCUUCUGGAGGCAUCCAUGUCGCACCCCGCCCAGCCCCCGUAUGGCAGGCCUGGUCCAUCUCAGUAUGGAUAUCCCGGACCUGCGGCAUCCAUGGGCUAUCCUCAGGGCCCUCCGCAAUCUGAUCCCCAAAGAUAUUUUAGCCCUCGGCCUCAAGGUUCGUGAUCGCCAGGGGAUAUUACUAGCAAACAUAGCUCUAAUGUCAUGAGAAGAAACCCAAUCACACCAGCCCAAUACAUCCCCUUACUACGGGGCAGAUCAAGCGCCUAUGUACCCUCCGACAUCUCAGUCUCCCGAUCCACGUACCCGCACACCUCCAGCUGGUGCAUCCUAUCAGCCCGUGCAUCACCGACCAGAAUCAACAUAUGAGCACCCACAAGAGCUAGGAACAUCUGUUUAUGACUCUCCUGUUGAGCAUCCUUCCGCAAACCAACGAAUUCCAUAUCCUGCUAGCGGACAAGCCCCGCCGGCUGUCCAGCCACCGUUCCAGCAGCAGCAGCAGCAGCAGCAG